AUGUUCAGUACACCAUUUUUUGAUUUUUUCGACAACAUUAACAACGAAGUGGAGAACGUCCACAAUAUUUUGGGAUAUUCUAGAGACAGAGAUUAUCCUUCAAGACGUCAAUUGACAUCUGGUAGAGAGAAUGACUCUGGCAAGAUUCAAAAGAGACCUCAUAGGAAUAACAAUCAACGUCUGUUGUCAACGAGGUUGAAUAAGUGGUUUGAUGACGAUUGGUCGUUGUCUGAUUUCGAUUUAGGUCCCACCAACAUAGUUCCACCGGUAGAUCUAUUUGACCAUGAAGAAAAUUACGAGGCUCGUAUUACUAUCCCUGGUGUGGAUGAUAGUAAGAAUAUUAAUUUAGAGUACCAUAAGGAUGGCAAUGAGAUCGUCGUCAGUGGUGAAGUGCCUUCUACUGUCACAGAACACAAUAGAGACAACGUUAAAGUUAAAGAAGUCGUAUCAGGCCAAUUUAAGCGUGUAAUUACUCUACCAGAGAAUCCUGGUGUCAACGCUGAAGAGAUCAAUGCAAAUUACAAGAACGGUGUCUUGAGUCUACGCAUACCCAAACUGAAGCAAUCGAAAAAGGAUAACGUUCGCAAAAUUGAAGUGGCUGGAGACGAGUGA